AUGGAUGCAUCCCAAGGAUACAUUGCCAUGGGUGUUUAUGCCCCAUCGGCCAGCACCGCCGACUACAACCGGGAUUCUCCCGGUUUUCCAUCAUCUAAAGCGGGCGCCGGCUCCUUCCCGAGCUCUUUCUUCAUGCAAGAUGGCCACCACGGAAGCGAUCCUUGGAGCUCUUCCAGUGGGAUGAACCAGCCCGGCUACGGAGGGAUGCUGGGAAACUCAACCCAUCUCCCCCAGGCCAGCAGCUACUGCAGCCUGCAUCCGCACGAGCGCUUGAGCUUUCCAUCCCAUCCCUCCUCGGGGGAGCUCAACUCCAACCUGCCCCCCAUGUCCACCUUCCACCGCGGUCCCAGCACCCACUACGGUCCCUCAUCCUGCACCCCUCCGGCCAACGGCACCGAGCCCAUCAUGGGCAACAGAGGAAGUGGGGCAGGAGGAAGCUCCCAGACCGGCGAUGCCCUGGGCAAAGCCCUCGCAUCCAUCUACUCUCCAGAGCCCACCACCACCAGCUUCCCAUCCACUCCUUCAACUCCUGUUGGCUCUCCCCCUUCUUUAGCAGCAGGCCCAGCUGUAUGGUCUAGGAAUGGAGGCCAAGCUUCAGCAUCUCCCACUUAUGACGGGCCCUUACAUUCCUUGCAAAGCCGCCUGGAAGACCGCUUGGAACGCUUGGACGAUGCCAUCCACGUGCUCCGGAACCACGCCGUGGGUCCUUCCCCAUCCCAAGCGGCUGGAGGUGGAGACGUGCACGCGUUGCUUGGCAACGGAGCCCUGCCGGGAUUGGCUGCGGGUUACGGGGCGGGGCUUCUGGCGGCCAAUCGGCACGCGUUGAUG